CUGCGUGGAGGGCACGAUAACGUGAUAUAGCUUUCUCUCGGUCUAAAACCCUUGCUCUCCCAUAAAACCCUGAAAACGGAAUUCGUCGAAUCUCCUUCGCCGGCUUCACUGAUUCAAAUACUAUAUCAUUAGAAAUCACCUUAUAAUCGGUGAAUCGAUUAUCAAUAGAUGUCGUUGAAAGCUAUAAAUCUGGAGAGAGUGAAAAACAAUGUCUCAAACCCAAAAGUAUGGAUCGUGAUCGGCGUCAGCGUCGCCGGCAUAUUCAUCCUCACCGCAGAGACUCGGAGGCGUCGAUUAAAAGGUAGGUAUGUGAUAAGAGAAGAUUAUGGUGCUUUUAUAGAGCGUUUCGAGCUGCUUCCGUUUCCUCAGCCGCCUCCUCCCGCUGCAAAACAACCUCUCUCUGGCUUGACUUUUGCCGUCAGCGAUGUCUUUGAUGUGAAAGAGUAUGUUAGUGGAUUCGGGAACCCAGAUUGGAAAAGAACACACGAGGAAGCUGAAAAGACUGCAAUUGUUGUUACUGCAUUGUUGAAGGAUGGGGCUACUUGUGUUGGAAGAACUGUCAUGGAUGAGUUAUCUUUUGGGACAACUGGAGAAAAUUCACAUUAUGGGACCCCAACAAACCCUGCAAUGCUAUCCUAUGUUCCUGGUGGAUCCUCUAGUGGUUCAGCUGUUGCAGUUGCAGCAGAGCUUAUUGACUUUGCAAUUGGUACUGAUACAAUUGGAGGAGUAAGAAUCCCAGCCUCAUUUUGUGGCAUCCUUGGAUUCCGGCCUUCACAUGGAGUUGUAUCCACAAUUGGGGUUCUCCCUAAUUCACAGAGUUUAGACACUGUUGGAAUAUUUGCUCGUGAUCCUUCUGUUUUGCAUCGUGUUGGGCAUGUUCUUCUUAGAUUGAACCCUGUUGAGCCUAGAAGGACAAGACGAAUAGUUGUGGCUGAUGAUUUAUUUCAGUUAUCCAAAGUUCCUCAGCAGAAAACUGUAUAUAUUGUUAGCAAAGUAACUGAAAAGUUAUCUGGUUAUCAACAACCAAAGCAUAUGAAUAUUGGUCAGUAUAUUUCUUCAAAUGUUCCAGGCUUAAAAUAUUUUCAUAAUGAGGAAUCAAAUCUCCAAAAUGGAACAAAAGCUUUGAAGGCUCUUUCAUCAGCAAUGCUGUUAUUACAAAGAUAUGAAUUCAAAACCAAUCAUGAAGAAUGGAUUAAAACAGUGAAGCCCAGGCUAGGAUCUGAUGAUGAUGGGAUUCUGGUUAUUCCUACAGUGGCUGAUACCCCUUUAAAACUUGAUUCUAAGAAAGCUUUGUUGACUGAAUAUAAUGAGAGGCUAUUUGCUCUAUUAAGCAUUGCUACUAUGUCUGGCUGCUGUCAGGUCAGCAUUCCUUUUGGAAAGCAUGAAGAUUCUACUAUUGGGGUUUCGUUUAUUGCGUUUCAUGGAUCAGAUAAAUUUCUACUUGAUACUGUUUUGGAUAUGUAUCAAUCUUUACAAGGACAAGUUAAUGCUGUUACAAGUUUGCCACCUUCUCUAGACUUGAAUGGGAAUAUGGAUGCUUCUGAAUUGUUGAAGGAAAAGGGAAAUGCUGCAUAUAAAGGAAAACAAUGGAAUAAAGCUGCGAGCUAUUACACUGAAGCUAUUAAGUUGGAUGAAUCCAAUGCUACUUUUUACUGCAACAGAGCAGCUGCAUAUUUAGAAUUAGGAUGCUUUCAACAAGCUGAGGAGGAUUGUAGCAAAGCAAUAUCACUUGAUAAGAAGAAUGUGAAGGCAUAUUUAAGGAGAGGAACUGCUAGAGAAUCAGUUCUUUAUUACAAAGAGGCUCUUCAAGAUUUUAAGCAUGCGCUGGUAUUAGAACCACAAAACAAGGUUGCAAAAGGGGCUGAGAAGAGGCUAAGGAAGCUAGUGAGUUGAUGAUCUGUUUGGGGUCUUUCUUGGUUUUUGAUAAAUAAUUGAUAAACACACUCACACUCACGGGAAAAAGAUACUUUUUGUAAUAUUAAUAGUGACUAACUGGCUUUUUGUGAAUUUAUGAAUACUAUAAUCGAUUUUGUGGAAGAUCAUAUUUUUA